UCUUUGUCGACUGUAUUUCUGUCUUGUAUUUUUCUCUUAAAUUUAAAUUAUAUUAACAAUUAAACGUGUGUUAAAGCAUCAUUACUAAUUUGGAGUGUUGAUAAAUAGUGUAGUGCAAAAGGAAAAUGCAAGGGUUGAGUUUCAGCGAACUGUGUUGUCUAUUCUGUUGUCCACCAUGCCCAAGUCGAAUAGCAGCUAAAUUAGCAUUUUUACCGCCAGAGCCAACAUACAGUCUCGUCGCAAACGAAGAAGUCAAGUCAAAAUUUCAACUUCAACUGAAUGAAAAGGCAGAGUGGCCAUACUCAGAACGUGAUAAGGAUACAAUUGAAUCAUUUUAUACGCGAACUUCGCGUGGAAAUCGAAUCGCUUGUAUUUUUGUCAAGUGCUGCAGUAACGCACGAUAUACUCUCCUCUUUUCACAUGGCAAUGCCGUCGAUCUAGGACAAAUGAGUAGUUUUUACUUAGGAUUAGGAUCUAGGAUUAACUGCAAUAUAUUUAGUUAUGAUUAUUCGGGCUACGGAGCGAGUACAGGAAAACCAUCGGAGAAAAACCUUUAUGCAGACAUCGAUGCUGCAUGGCAUUUAUUAAGGACACGCUAUGGAAUAAGUCCAGAGAAUAUUAUACUCUACGGACAGAGUAUAGGUACAGUGCCGACAGUUGAUCUUGCCAGUCGUUAUGAAGUGGGAGCAGUUGUUCUGCAUUCGGCUUUAAUGUCAGGUAUGCGCGUAGCUUUUCCAAAUACCAAAAGAACGUGGUUCUUUGACGUCUUUCCAAGCAUUGAUAAGGUAUCAAAAAUAUCAUCACCUGUUUUGGUGAUUCAUGGAACGGAAGAUGAGGUAAUUGACUUUUCGCAUGGAAUGAGUAUCUAUGAAAAGUGUGUGAAAUCUGUCGAGCCUCUGUGGAUAGAUGGAGCAGGUCACAACGAUAUAGAGCUGUACAGUCAAUAUCUUGAUCGACUUAAAAAGUUUGUCUCCGUUGAAUUGGCGAAUCAGCCACAGACACAAAGUAGUAAAACAACUACACCAGCAGUGAUAACAACAACGACGACGACUACUCAACAGCAGCAACAGACUAAAAGUGGAGCAACAAGUGCAUCAAAACCAGGCAAUAGUAGUAGCAGCGGAAGUAAUAAUAUUAAUACUAGUACUGUUAAUAGUAGGACCAAUGAGAAAACUCAAUUACUUGACGAUAAAACUAAGAAACAGAAUUCCAAUAAUCAACAAGAAUUGCCACCGGCUCCGCCGGCUCCAACGAUAAAUGAAAAACUUUUAUAG